UAGCUGACCGCAAAUGGCAUCAGGAUUAAACUUAGACAUGGACCCUAUCAAACUAGACGACGAAAAUAGAGACCUACUGGAGCAACUCCAUGAACAAAAUAAAAUAGUUAAGUUUGAUUGGGAAAACAGAUGGCUGAAGGGAGAAGAAUACUUUUACAUCUUAGCAAAUAUGGAAAAUUACUCAAAGAAUUUGGGCAUCGAGAAGUUCGGCGUCAAGAAACAUCCAGAAAAUAUAUAUAUAGAGCCUAUAAACGGCCUGCUGUAUUUCGUUAAGGGAAAUUCUAUUGGAUCAGAGUUUGGAUUUCCUAGGUUAGGUAUUAAGAAGAGAUAUAAGUGGAAAAAGAUGAAUUUUACCACAGAUCUACCUAAAAGAGACCCGUUGGUUAGUUACAUCGUAGCAAGUGCAGUCAAAUGAGAAAAAUUCUUCCCAGGGUCCUCUAAGGAUGGUCCUUGCUAUAGAAUGCAUGCUGUUAUACUGAAAAAGAGAAAGACACCUGUCUAUCCUGGGUGACAUGUGAAUCCGAAGUGAUAUUCAUAUAUUUUAUGCCAUGUCAGGAAAGUAAAAUUCAGAAAAGGGGCUGGUGACGAGCAAUCAGAAGCAGUAAACAAUGAGGUCGGAACUGAGAAUAAUAACCAUGAAGAGACCAAGGUAUCAAAAACUGGCAAUAAAAGAGGAAGACCCAGAAAAAAUCCAAUUUCACAUAAGGAUGAAAAUCCUCCUCAGAAAGCAAAGAGAGGGAGAAAACCUAAGAAGCUGUAUGAUAUCAUUCCUGAAGAACACAAAGAAAUUGACUCUCACGAAUUUUCGGAUAAUCCAAUAGAUCAUGAGCAGGAAUCAUCUCCUAUUAGAGUAGUCGAAAGGAACAUGAAAUUACAGGACAGUCACACCUUCUCUUUCGAUAGCUUAGCAAAUUUAACAAAGCAGAAUGAUAACUACAAUACCAAUAAUUUGCCAUUUUAUCCUCGGAAGCAGAGUCUAAAUAAUCCAUUUGAUAAAUUUUGAGCAGAUAUUCCAUCUAGCAUGAAUCUUUUAAACGAGCCAGGAAGAUCCAGAAGGGUUUCUUCAGCAUACUCUCCGUAUAACAUCCCUGGAAACUUUCCAAGUAGCAUUGUCUCUCCCAGUCCAAUCCGGGGAAAUUACAUGGCUGAUUUCAAAUCAGGGAAUUUCACCAUGAGAAAAAUGAGUACAAACCAAAAUGGAGAGGAUGAAGCUCAGAAACAAAUCAAUGACAUUAUUUCCAAAUCUUUCAAAGACUGGAACAACAAGCCUGGUCGCAAAGAAACAGAAGAUAUUGAUUUCUCUGGGCAAGAUAAUCCCAUACUAAAUUUAUUAACAAAUGGAGGGAAUAAUGGAAAUGAGCAGAAAUCGUCCCCGUUUAAUGUAGCUUCUGGCUCAAUCUUGUCUCCUGAUUAUAAACCUCGCUCCCUAUCGAUCAACUCAUGUGGGUGGUCACUUCCGCCUCACACUCAGCUUCAAAGGAAAAACCAGAAAAGUGGGUGGGAUUUGAGCAAAAGACUUGACAGUCCAGGUUUCGGAAAUAAUGACACAAAGAGAAAGAUAGACAAUUCAAUAAUCGCAGUCUCUUCUUUUGGAAAGUUGGGCUUGUCAAAAUCUGCAAUGCCAAGGAAAAAUACGAUGCUAGAACCUCCAAAAACUCAUAAUAUGACUUCAAGUCCGCUAACUUUCCCCACACCUAGUGCUGCUUUCAAGCCAUUUAAAAAGAGAUCAUACUCAGUUGCGGAUUCUUCUUCUCAAAACAUCCCAGAAUCAGACGAAUUGAAGAAAAGGGACAUGAAGGCUGAAAGAAAAAUGGAGGAAGGAGUCCAGUAUAAGAAGCAAAGCCUGCCUUUGUAAAGCAGAUGUAUUCUCUCAUAUUUCAUA